AUGGAUCCGACCCUCAAGUUGCUCACGCUCAUCAACGUCAGCGCUGCAAGACCAGGCAAGCGUCAGCGCUCGUCCAACCUCACACACUAUGACAAGAUCACACGAAAGGCCGUAGCCGCACAGCAAGCCACCGCUUCCACUUCCAAAACACCUGCCUCCUCGGCUUCUUCGCCCUCCAAACGGUCCAAGACUGCUGUGGAUGUCUCUUCUCCAGCAAAAGCGCGCGAUGGCACCGAGCUCGUCGGCGAAGACUCGGACGACGAUGAGGAUGAUCUCGCUGCUACGGUCUCCUCUUCGGCCAGCAAGUCUCAAAAGCAAAAGCAGCAAACAGCCUUCGACGCUCACUUUGGCAGCGACGGUCCUCAUGCGCAAGCCAUCACAAAGCUACCCGAGUCUGUCACAUCGCUCACUUGGUCCACUUCCAAAUCUACGCUCCCCGCCCUCCCUACGCAGAUCGCCGUGUCCACUCCCUCUCUCUCCGACUUUGAUACGCAGCAAUACACCGGUCAACCGCAAGUGAAAGUGCUUGAAGCGUUCAACGCCUUCACUGCCAAAAAGUUCUCAUCCCCUACGCCGCUCCACAAAGCCCUCGCUACCACGCUCGGCAGCUACGCCGACUUCUGCGAUGCCAACGUCGCCCUCCGCGAUCGACCCCAGUACCGUCAGGUGCUCGCCAUGCACGCCAUGUCCCACAUCGCAAAAACCCGUCGGCGCGUCCUCAAGAACAACGAGAAGCUCGCCAAGCUUGCCUCCUCUUCCUCCACCAACGACUCCUCUGCAAACAACGCAGCAGACGACCUCGACCUUCGCGAUCAGGGUUUCACCCGUCCCAAAGUCCUUAUCCUGCUUCCCUUCCGCAACUCUGCACUCGAGUGGGUCGACCUCUUGACCAAGUUCAGCCUCUGCUCACAAGUGGACAACAAAUCCCGCUUCUCCAAAGAAUACAAUCUACCUGAAGGCGCGAUCGACAAACUCGCCGAUCCCAGCGUCGCCGCCAAGUACCCCGCAGAUCACAUCGCCAACUUUGCAGGUAACAUCGACGACUCUUUCAAGCUCGGUUUCAAGGUUACACGCAAAAGCCUCAAGCUUUUCUCCGGAUUUUACGAUUCCGAUGUCAUCGUCGCUUCGCCCUUGGGAUUGAGGUUGGGUAUCGAAAAGGAUAGGGGGGAUAGCGACUUCCUGUCCAGCAUCGAGAUGGUGAUUGUCGAUCAGACCGAUGUCAUCAGUAUGCAGAAUUGGGAGCAUCUCGAGUUUGUUUUGGACCGAUUGAACAAGAUUCCGAGGCAGAGUAGGGAUACGGAUUUCUCGAGGGUCAAGCAGUUCUACCUGGAUAACAGGGCGGCGAUGUUUAGACAGACGAUCUUGCUUUCGGGCAACGACUUUCCGCAGUUGAGGUCGUUGUACAAUCACUCGUUGAACAAUGUCGCUGGCAAAGUGAGGACGGUGGUAUCGACGAGCGAGAAGGACGCCGAGUUGGCGAAGGUGGUUUCCGGCGUCCGACACAGUUUCAGCAGGUUCGAAGCGGCCAAUCCUCACGCCGAGCCCGAUCUGCGUUUCAGCCACUUCACCACCAAGACUCUGCAUCAGCUGAGCAAGUCGGCCGUCUCAAGCAGCCACACGCUCAUCGUCGUCCCGAGCUACUUUGAUUUCGUUCGACUGGACGCCUUCCUCCGCGAACACAACGAGAAACGCAAACCCGGCGAAACCGCAAACCUUUCGUAUACGAGCAUCUCCGAAUACUCGACCCCCAAGGACAUCCGCAGAGCGAGGGAAGGCUUUUUCAGCGGCAAGAAGAGGUUCCUGCUCUUGACCGAGAGAGCGCAUUUCUACCGAAGGUUCAAGCUGAGAGGCGUCAGGACCGUGGUGUUUUAUCAGUUGCCCAUGAACGCCACGUUCUUUUCCGAGGUGUUGGAGUUUCCGUUUAUUACCAAGGGCGAUCUGACGAGUGGCAGGGGGCGAGAGGAAGCGCAAGAGGAGGAGGUGGAUCCCAACGAGGUCAUGUCGAUGGUCGUAUAUAGCAAGUACGAUCUGAUCAGUCUGGAGAAGGUGGUGGGUAGCCAACAGGCAAAGCAGAUGGUGUUGGGUGACAAGGCGACAUGGAAGUUUGUUUAA